UAUUAUAAAUCAGCUAGCAGCAUUUACUUGACAUUAUAUAAAUAACAAUAGGAGGAACUAAUUCAUAAUAUUAACAUCUCUUUGCAAAAGGAAGCCGUUUGAUGAAAUUUGAUGUGUAUCCGCAAACCACCGUCGUAAAAAUUCAUAAUUAUCAUUGUUAUCACGGGCUUAUACAACCGGCGGCAGUGCAUAUGGUAAUUGCUCACAAAUUAACUCGCACAUAAAUUGUUUGUAAAUAUGGCGACGGAGCUAACUGAUGGAAAAGAGAUCCAUUGGUUUUACCACAAUGAUGGUACAUCUGAAUGGGGGCUGCAUUUUCCUGAGGCAAAUGGGGACAGCCAAUCACCGAUCAAUAUUAACUCACGAGACUCCCUCUACGACGAAUCUCUGAAUCGCAUCGCGCUUAACGCAAACUACAUGUUAUGCAGAGAGUGCGAGAUAACCAACACAGGACAAACAGUACAAAUUUCUCUACGUUAUAAAACCGAUCCUACUAUAUCAACGUCACGUGAUGGUAAAACAGAAAUGUUUCCACGAUCAGUAAUGACAGGUGGUCCGCUACCAGAGGGAUACGAUUUUGAGCUAACGGAAUUUUGUUUUCACUGGGGAAAGGAUGAUGAAAGAGGUUCAGAGCACACUGUCAACUUGAAGGCUUAUCCGAUGGAGCUUCAUCUUAUUCACUGGAACAGCACCUUGUACUCCAGCCUAGAGGAGGCGAUGGGUAAACCGGACGGAAUAUGCAUUGUGUCCCUCUUUAUCCAGAUUGGCCGAGAACACGCUGGUCUAAGAAUGCUAACUGACAUCUUAGAGGCUGUACAGUACAAGGGAAAGAGUUACUCUUUGCAGAUUCCAUUUAAUCCCAAUUGUCUGCUACCAGAUCCUGCACUGCGAGACUUUUGGACAUAUGAAGGUUCUUUGACUACCCCACCUUGUUUUGAGAAUGUAACAUGGAUCUUGUUUAGAUAUCCCCUAACAGUGUCUCACGCUCAGCUGGAGAAUUUCAGACGAAUGAGAACUCAUUUAAAAGGCGACGUUCCUUCUUCUGAAGAUGAUGGUCACCUUGUCGAUAACUACCGACCAACUCAGCCCCUAAACGGUAGAGUGGUGAAGGCAUCCUUUCAAUGAAGAAAUCAAUUAGUAUUGAAAGUAAAGUAUGUGCAAAUGUGACUACGUGCAAUUUUAUGAAUUAACCAAUAUUGCUUUUUUAUGCAACGUAUGCAAAGACUUCUGUUAAGAAGAUGCGGAUAUAGUUAUUAUCAUGCGGUUUUAUUUGUAUAACCACUACUAAAUAUAAUAUAAUUCAAUACUGGUCACUUGAAAUAUGACACAAGAUAGGCCUAAGCCUGUUUUAGUGUAGGUCAAAUUUUCCUUUGAAUUUGAAGAAACCGUAAAAAGCUAUACUGUAACCAUGACUGUUCGGCUCAUUAAUAAACUUCAUGGAUAAAUGGAAAAUGAUUUUAAUUUUCUGUACCGACUCACGAAUCGGCCUAAAUGUCAACUUGAAUCAGUUUUUGUAUUAUUUUUUAGUAAUGCAUUUGCUGGUAUAGGAUUGUAGCUCAGUAUCGCCCUACACUGCAACGAACAACAAUAUAUUUUGAUCAAAAAUAGGUGUCUGAAUUAAAUUCUAUAUUUUAUAGACCUAUUGGUGUUGCGUAUGUGUGUAGAUGCAUGAUUUUGUUUAAAUAGAUAUAUUUGCCAAGGCAGUUUUAGUCCUAUGAGUUUAUUUUGUUAAUCGAAUUUAUAUAAAAACACAGAAGUAAGUAUUGACGGAAACACUUAAACCUAUAGUUAUAUAAUAUGAAAAUUUUAAUAAUAUUGCAUGUUUGUAUGAAAUGAUAUGUCCUCUAGAAAAUCUCUUAAUUACUAGUAAAGCUCACAUAUAUAAAUUUCUGUAAAAUGUAAUUUAUUAAUUGUACGUAAACUGUAUUUUCUUUUGUAUCUGUGUCUCAGUGAAAUAAAUGAUAGUUAAUAAACAUCUUCGUCUAAUAA